AAAAGUAAAAAGUAGUGAACAGUCCGCGGAAGAAAUGUCCUCCGAGAAAUCGUUAUCUAAUAUAUUACAACUAUUCUCAUAUAAACGAUAUUUUAUUAAUAACUUGGAUUCAUAUCAUGGAGAAUAUGUUUUAAAAGAAAUUUCUAAAGUAUUGGAACAAAAUGCGAACGCUUCGAAUAAACAGUCUUCUCAAGUUAUGCUUGGUGAGGAUGUCGAGUCAAUAAGCCAAGCUCCUCCAGAAGAACCAUACGAAAUCAUAGGAACCGUUACAGACCCCAAGGUCAAGUCUUUGGAUAAUGUCGCCCGUAUAGUUUCUAAGGCAGAAUGUCUGUCCCAAAUGCUCGCUUGUGGAACGGUUAUCUUUGAUAUAAGCUAUGAUAGAGACGAAUUGAAGUUAGCUAUGGAUUAUGUUAAAUUAUUAAAAGAUCUGUUAGAUAAGCAAGCCCCAAUUCGUUCGCCUGAUUUAGACGAUGACGAACCUCAAAGCGCAUACAAAAAGCGGUACCUGACACUGGUAUCAACAGUAAUGACAUGGGCCGUUACUAAACCAUUAGACCCGGAUACGCCUGACAUGCCGUUUAUAGAGUCAGAUUUUCGUAAAAGAAAACCACAUCCAAAUUAUAAAAUGCAUUAUGAUUUGGAGAAUGAGGUUAUUGGCAUUGCAAGAAAAUAUAAAUCACAUAUCGGAGCUAUGGUCAUCGCAACAGGAGUGACUUACGGUGGUCGAGAGGAUGUAUUGUUUUACUGGUUUCAAAAAGCUUGGGAAUGCGAGCGUCUGCUGCCGAUACUGGGCCGCGGUGGGAACGUUAUUCCUCUUAUAAAUGUGAAGGAUUUAGCGCAGAUUAUUUACAAUAUAAUAUCGGAUUUUCCGAAGAAACUUUAUAUUCUUGCUGUUGAACAAAACGUUACUAAACAAAGAGAGAUAAUAAAGCCUUUGGGUAAAAUUGUAGGCUCGGGAAUGUUUAAGUGUAUUCCUCCAGAAGAUGGUUUCCUUAUACCUGAAAUUGACCAAAGAAUUUUCGAUUCUAUGACUUUAAAUCUCAAUAUGGAGCCUACAUUUAUAGUUGAAACAAUGGGAUUGCAAUGGACGUCAGAAUUGUCUUUUGAAGAAAACGUUCCCAUUCUUAUGAAACAAUUUAAAAGAGAAAGGGGCUUGAAAAGUUUUAAGGUUAUAGUUCAUGGACCGCCCAUUGUAGGUAAAACUACCUUAUCUAAGCUAAUUUGUGAGGCUUAUGGGCUUCUUUACGUGUCACCAGAAACUAUUGCUGAAGAUAUAUUAGAUGAUUUGACAUGGCGCAUUAAGCACUGGGAAGUCGGUGAGAUGGCUACUCUUGCCCAACUUAAUGCUGAAGAAGUUGAGAUCGGAGUUGGCGAUGAUGCCGACGAAGAGGGUGAUGAUACAGUUCAAGAAGGAGCUAAGCAAACACAUGCUAUAUUGAGUUCAGGGCGAACUUUGAGCGAUGAUGAGAUACUGACAUAUCUACGUCAAAGGCUUAUAAGUCACGAGGGCUUGAACAGAGGAUGGGUGCUCGAUGGUUUUCCAACUAACCUAACACAAUGUUCCUUAUUAUUUGAAAAGGGGGAUGAGCAAGAUUCUGAUGGAGAUGAAGAAAAUGUUGAGGAUCCAUUUGAUGAAGAUGUUGAUCUGUAUAGCAAUGUACUAAAAAAAAUGUUACCAGAUGUUGUUGUAUCCUUAGAAGCAACUGAUGAUUUUAUAUGUGAAAAAGCAAUGCGUCAACCAGAAGAUGAGUCUCGUUUAGAUGAAGAAGCUGUUCUAAAACAUCUCAGUGAAUUUAGAGCUGGGGACGCUCGCGAUAUAACUGUACUCAACUUUUUUGAUGAACUUGAUAUUCAUCCUUUAGUAAUACAGGUGAAAGAGCAUGCCGAUUAUGGAAUGAAUACUUCUUAUACUGCAGUUGCGCUACGUAUGGGCCGUCCGUGUCGUUACGGAAAACUUAUGGCACAAAUCGAAGCGGCCGAGAAAAAAGAAAAGCGGGUAAUGGAAAACCUUCGCGCUAAAGAAGAAAAAGCAAUGAAAGACUUAGAAAAGAAAAUGAAGGAAGAACUCGAGGAAAAAAUGGAAUAUUGGUCUGAAUUGUACUCAAUAAUGCGCGAAGAAGAGGAGGCAGCUUUGGCGGCAGCGGGCGAACCGAUGAGAAACUAUCUCGUGAAUAAUAUAUUUCCGACACUUACAAGUGCGCUACUAGAAGUUGCCAAGUUGCGUCCAGAUAAUCCUAUAGAUUUUCUUGCCGAAUAUUUGUUCAAGAUGAAUCCAACGGGCAAAAUGCUAGAGCCAGGUUUCAAUCUUCAAGCUGAAAAAAUACUGGGGAAAAUAAAAAUACUUGAUGAUGCAUUGAAAGACUUGGACAUAAAAAUAGAACCGUUAUUACCACCCGAAGUAGAUUUUGAAUUUAACUCAAAGAAAAAUAUUAAUGUUAUGAGUGCUUUGUAAUUGUUUACUAAUGUAGUUAAUUCGCUUUGAUUUUAUUUAGAUGUAUUAUAAUAUUUUCUUUAGAUAUAUUAUAACCUUU